AGUAUGGUCACAUGUCAGAGUCUGCAUCUCAGUAUCAAGAACCUGCUGACAUCCAGGAGCUAGGAGCCCGAAUGUUAUUGCCUCUGGGAAGCCUUCCACAAACCUUCUGCGUGCUCCUACAGCACCCUCCACCUCUCCAAGUGCAGCCCUCACCACACCUUUCUGCCAUGGAUCAUUUAGUUUCUGCCCCUCACUAGACUGAAGCUCACCAGAACAAGGGCAAUAUUUUGAUCAUGGUUGUGUCUCCAGUGCCCAGCACAAUACUGUAAAUAAUUCUUGGAAGAAUGGCUAGUGCUUUUUGCAUGGCCCAAAGGGGCCCUGUGCUGCUCCACUACAGAGGACACUUCAAGAAAUGCUGGUUUUCUACAGUGUUUUAGCUUGUGAAAGUCUCUGGGACCUUCCCUGCUCCAUCAUGGGGUCACCUCUAGGUCAUUUUACCUGGGACAAAUACCUAAAAGAAACAUGUUCAGUCCCAGCGCCUGUCCAUUGCUUCAAGCAGUCCUACACACCUCCAAGCAAUGAGUUCAAGAUCAGCAUGAAAUUGGAAGCACAAGAUCCCAGGAACACUACAUCCACCUGUAUUGCCACAGUAGUUGGACUGACAGGUGCCCGACUUCGUCUGCGCCUUGAUGGCAGUGACAACAAGAAUGACUUCUGGAGAUUGGUUGACUCCUCUGAAAUCCAACCAGUUGGAAAUUGUGAGAAGAAUGGCGGUAUGCUGCAGCCCCCUCUAGGCUUUCGGCUGAAUGCCUCCUCUUGGCCCAUGUUCCUUUUGAAGACACUAAAUGGAGCAGAGAUGGCUCCCAUCAAGAUUUUCCAUAAGGAGCCACCAUCACCUUCCCACAACUUCUUCAAAAUGGGGAUGAAGUUAGAAGCUGUAGACAGAAAGAACCCGCAUUUCAUUUGCCCAGCCACUAUUGGAGAAGUUCGGGGCUCAGAGGUGCUUGUCACUUUUGAUGGGUGGCGAGGAGCAUUUGACUACUGGUGCCGCUUUGACUCCCGGGAUAUCUUUCCUGUGGGCUGGUGUUCUUUGACUGGAGAUAACCUGCAGCCACCUGGCACCAAAGUUGUGAUUCCAAAGAAUCCUUCCCCUUCAUCUGAUGUGAACCCGGAGAAGCCCAGCAUCCACAGCACCAAAACUGUCUUGGAGCAUCAACCAGGGCAGAGGGGGCGCAAACCAGGAAAGAAGCGGGGCCGAACACCCAAGAUCCUUAUUCCCCAUCCUACUGCUACCCCAUCCAAGUCAGCUGAAUCUUUGAAAUUUCCAAAGAAGAGAGGUCCUAAGCCCGGAAGUAAGAGGAAACCUCGGACUUUGCUGAGCCCACCACCCACUUCACCAACAACCAGCACCCCUGAACCGGAUACCAGCACUGUUCCCCAAGAUGCUGCCACCAUCCCCAGUUCAGCCAUGCAGGCCCCCACAGUUUGUAUCUACCUGAACAAGAGCGGCAGCACAGGCCCCCACUUGGAUAAGAAGAAGAUCCAACAGCUCCCUGACCAUUUUGGGCCAGCCCGUGCCUCUGUGGUGUUGCAGCAGGCGGUCCAGGCUUGCAUUGACUGUGCUUAUCACCAGAAAACUGUCUUCAACUUCCUCAAGCAAGGCCACGGGGGUGAAGUCAUCUCAGCGGUGUUCGACCGGGAACAGCACACCCUCAACCUCCCAGCAGUCAACAGCAUUACCUACGUCCUCCGCUUCCUGGAGAAGCUCUGCCGCAACCUUCGGAGUGACAAUCUGUUUGGCAACCAGCCCUUUACACAGACCCACUUAUCAGUCACUGCCACAGAGUACAGCCACAGCCACGACAGGUACCUACCAGGGGAAACCUUUGUCCUGGGGAGUAGCCUGGCCCGGUCCUUGGAGACACACUCAGACUUGAUGGACUCUGCCUUGAAGCCUGCCAACAUUGUCAGCACCUCCCAGAAUCUUCGAACUCCUGGGUAUCGACCCUUGCUUCCCUCCUGUGGCCUCCCAUUGAGCACUGCCUCUGCUGUGCGUAGGCUCUGCUCCAGGGGAGUGUUCAAAGGAACAAAUGAAAGAAGGGAUAUGGAAUCAUUUUGGAAACUAAGUCAUUCCCCAGGGUCGGAUCGAUAUCUGGAAAGCCGAGAUCCCCCUCGCCUGAGUGGCCGGGACCCCUCCUCAUGGACAGUGGAGGAUGUGAUGCAGUUUAUCCGGGAAGCCGAUCCUCAGCUCGGAUCCCAUGCUGACCUCUUCCGAAAACAUGAGAUCGAUGGCAAGGCCCUGCUCCUUCUGCGCAGUGACAUGAUGAUGAAGUACAUGGGCCUGAAGCUGGGGCCUGCCCUCAAGCUCUCCUUUCACAUUGACCGGCUGAAGCAGGGCAAGUUCUGAACAGGAGACAUUCUCCUCGAAGCCACCAGUCAGCUCCCAGGCACCUUAGUAGGGCUCUGGGUGACCUCAGGAUUCUAGGAGGCUGCAGAACCACACUGCUACCCCUCCUGCCAUGGUGUGUCCUUCCAUGAAGGACUGAGGAGGGAAGAAUGUGGGCCCAGGGCUGGUGCUGCUCUUCCCCUAGCCUGCUGUGGCUCCAGGCCCCUUCUAUUUAUUUUUGAAGGCUAGCCAGUAUCUCACCAGAAGUUUAGGCUGAGCACCUUGUAAGAGAUAGAGGAAGAAGCCAACCCUAAGGCUUUGAAAGGCCCUGGCACCCAGGCCCCUUACCAUCUUCUGAGCUUGGUAUAGUGUCCCAUGGUACCCAGUUCAUGCCUUCUCACUAGAUCCCCAGACUCUGAACUUAUGGUGCAGACCUUUUUAAAAAAAAAAAAAAAUUCCUUUCUUACUGCUAAUUUAUUGCUUCUGGCACUUGGACUUAGCUUUUCUUGCACCAGACAUUUUUAGGAAGAGGGAGACCACCCUCUGUGGUCCAGAAAGGGCCUCUCCAGAGAAGUGUGGCCCUAUUUCAGAGGACACACCCCUAGGGCACUUUCUCUCUGGAACAGACAGAACUAUAUGGCUCACUGAGCAUGAAAAGUGAGGG